AGAAGAGAAGUGAUAGGCAUAAUAUAUAUGAUCGAGGAAAGGGGACAACAAAGUGUAUCACAGCCCCUUCAUACUUCUGUAUAAUCUGCUGUGUUUUUUUAGACUGAGAAGCAAGCAGGAGAAACUACUGACAUACUACUUUAAAGAUGGAGUUUGAGGAAGAACCCUCCAGAAUAAAAGAUGAAGAUACAGAGGAACAAAUAGACCUGAUCGAAGUGAAUGAAGGCAUACACCAUAAUUUCACAAAUGAAGAUGUAAAACCGACAUAUAAAAAUGAAGACAAACUACAUCUGUUUCAAAAACCUCAUCAUUUAAAAAAUGAAGAUGGAAAUACAGCUGUUUUAAAGAACGAAGAGGAUAUCACACAAAAACAAGCUGGACAAUCUGGAGUCAAAGCAUCUUUCACCUGCUCUGAGUGUGGAAAGAGUUACAGACAUAAAGGACACUUAAAGGAUCAUGUGAGAAUUCACAAUGGAGAAAAACCGUUCACAUGCACUCUGUGUGGAAAAAGUUUUACAUCUAAAAGUUCUCUCAACACUCAUCUGCGCCGUCACUCUGGAGUGAGAUCAUUCAGCUGUGAUCAGUGUGAUAAAACAUUUGUUGUGGCAUCAAAUUUAAGAGAACACCUUAAAGUUCAUACUGGUGUAAAGCCUCACUUUUGUUCGUCAUGUGGAAAGAGAUUUACACAUCUGCACUCUUUAAAAGAGCAUGAGCGUUUGCAUACUGGUGUGAGCCCUCAUAUGUGCUUUGAUUGUGGGAAGAGCUUUACUACAUCAGGCAACUUAAAAACACACCAGAUAAUUCAUACUGGAGAGAAACCGUUCAAGUGCUCACACUGUGGAAAGAGUUUCUCAUACUCAACAUCCUUGAAAAGACACCAGAGAGUUCAUACCGGAGAGAAGCCGCACCACUGCUCAUCAUGUGGGAAGAGUUUCACCCAGUUAUCUAAUCUACGGACUCAUGAGAAAAAGUGUUGCUCGAAGUUGCAUAAAAUAAGCAAAGUUCAUGUUCAGAUCCAUCACUUUCAAAUUAAUAGUUUGAUAUUCUUAUAAAUCAAAAGAUGAGAUUUCAUGCGACCUCAUCUGAGAGAAUGUUUUUUUUUUUUAUUAUAUAGAGGGUUGGUGAAGAUUGUUGGAAUUUGGGUGGUCAAAAUGCUCAAAUUUUAGAUGGAAAUACUCUUUUUGUUAAUGUUAGGGAGUAGUGAACCUAAUUAUCUUCAUGAAUAUUCUUUACAAAUUAAUUUUGUUAUCCUGGCUGUCUUUAUCAUUCAUUUUAUAUAUGUAUGUAUAUAUAUAUAUAUAUAUAUAUAUAUAUAUAUAUAUAUGUAUGUA